GUCUUACCGAAGUUAGUCAUUCGUUAACCUGUAUUCGAGACGAUAACUGAACACCAUGCUUAAAUACGUAACUAUCGCUUGUUUGCUUGCCGCGCUAUGCGCAGCCGCUCCCCAAAACCCACAAGAUGUCCAGAUUCUACGGUUUGAUAGUGACGUACAACCCGACGGAUACAGUUUCGCAUACGAAACAAGUGACGGAACAUCAAGACAAGAGGAAGGCAAAUUAGACAACCCGCAAUCUGAAAACGCAGCACUCACAGUAACAGGCCAGUACUCGUACGUAGGCCCAGAUGGGAAACACUACACAGUGACCUUCACAGCUGGCCCCAACGGCUUCCAACCCAAAACGUCUAUAGGACAAUAGUCAUAAAACUCCGAUCUCAGUUGCACAGAACACUUGAACUUCUAAAUUCUAGUGCCAUAGCGUCUUUGUAAUUUUAUACUCAGUUUUACACGAAUAAACUUUUUAUACAUA